AUGGACAUGAAUCCCUUCGGUGUAGGACCUGCCAACUUAUUCGCUCAGUUUGCGGGUUAUGGUGGAGGGCAUCGGAUGGGUGGCCCUCCGGCUCGUGCCUACCAGGACUACUUUAAAGCUUAUUCUGUUGCUAUGCUUCCAAGAACGCGAGAUAAUCUGAAUUAUGUCGGCCAAAUCAUAAUGCCACCAUCCGCGCUUGCCAACUUGACCACGAUGGAGCUCGAGUCGCCGUGGAUGUUUAAAUUGCAGAACGUAACAAAUUCUGCGGCCUCCACAUACGCGGGCGUCCUGGAAUUCAUUGCGGAGGAAGGUUGUGUUCAUUUGCCACAAUGGAUGAUGAAGACAUUGCGCCUCGAUGAAGGUGAUCCAAUCCGGAUCACUGGUGCUGAACUACCUAAAGGCAAAAUGGUCAAGCUACAAGCACAAAGCACUGUUUUCCUCGAGAUCUCGGAUCCCAAAGCUGUACUUGAGCAAGCACUCAGACAUUUUUCUGCGCUCACUCAAGGCGACAUAAUUGAGAUCUCCUAUAAUUCCAUCGUAUUUGGACUUCUGGUGAUGGAGACCCAUCCGGGUGGAGAGGGUAUCAGCGUUCUCAACACGGAUCUCGAAGUGGACUUUGCUCCUCCUGUCGGCUAUGUAGAACCUGAGCGGCCCAAGGCCGCACCACCUCCGACUAUGGCGUCCAAGCUCAACAUUGACCUGAAUUCACAAACGCCAGGAUCCUCGCGCCCGUCUUCAUCUUUGGGCGAGACUUUUGCAGGCUCGGGUACCCGCGGCGCGGCGGUCAGCAAAGGAGGCGAUCAUUGGGAGAGUUUCAAGGGCAAAGGAGAAACUCUUUCUGGUCGCAAGACGAAGGGCAAGGGCGUCAGCCACAGGAAAGUGGAGGAAGCCCCACAAGACAGCAAGAUUAUUCGAACAGACAAGCAGCACAUCAUCACAUCCGACGAUCUGGACUCCGAGGUCUCUGUUCCUGCACCUCUCAACAUUCCGUUUGGGAAGCUAUUUUUUGGGUUCAAUAUCCCACCUUAUGUUCCUCCUAAGGAGAAGGAUGUCGACGGGGAGCAGCCCCAUAUAUUUGCGGGUACAGGCAAUUUAUUAAGCGGAAAACUGCAGUCGCAGUCGUCGUCGUCGUCUACCGCAAAGGGCAAAAGUAAAGAGACUGCUGCAUCUACAGCUUCAUGGGGCUCAGGUGGUCAAGCACUUGGUUCGCGUUCGUCACGACCACCUGUACUCUCGGCGCCGCAAGCGGUAGGAGCCGGAGGUGCCCCAGUACCUGUCCCACGAGGUUCGACGGCACAAAAGCAGCCCCCACCCGAGUCGGAUUCUGAAUCAGAUUGGGGUGUGGAUGACGAUGAAGACGUUGUAAUUGACAGCGACUAG